GCAGAAAAGGCGUCCCCUAGCAACGGGCUGUCGGUACCUGCCGUAGUAAUUGAAGGCUGUGUUGUGUUGUAAGCAUGUACUCGAGGAUUUUCUGCAUGUUGCGAUGUUGACUCGUUCGUGCUUUCAGUAAAAGGGAGUCCCAGAAACAGAAGUGCAGUUGGUAGUAUAUGUUUCUAUUCCAUAUGUCCACUUUCAGGCUGGAGUGGUGAUUUUGAAUUCAACCAAAGAUAUAUAUUCUGGAGUAAGAUAGCAAAAAGAAGAUAUUUCCAAUGAGCAUACCAGUGUUCCGACCCUCCAAGGGCGACUCCCUGAUCGUCCGCGAUACAAUGGGACACGUCACCGAGAACAAUGCCCGAUCGGCCCACCAUGCGAUCACCAAACUCGACUUCGCCGGACGUCGACCUCACACCCAGGGGACUUCUCGCUUCGGCCAGCUCAGCCAGAGCUCGUUUUUCGCCCGUCACAAUCCACAGUCGAAGAGAGUUAGGCAUAUAAAAGGGCUUCUCGAUGUCCCGAUCUGCGCCGUGCACGACGAGGGAUACUUCACCAACCCACGGUUACGUCGUCGACCGGCGACGGCGGAGGCGAGAGGAAUGUACACAUUCCGCAUCCCCAAGCCUGCCAAGGAGGUGUACAAUCUCAACCCCACCAUCAACGCCUCCCAAUACCCGAUCAACACCCUAACCGGACUCAGCAUGUUCCCUCAGGGGUUCAGAGUGAAGACCCACGCCCCAAUGUUCGGCCUCAUUCCCGUCACCGACAAAUGGAGAGAUGAACUUCGGGAUAUAACGGAGCAGGCUGGCUUCGGUUUGCCGAAGGAGAUCAAGCAGGCCCAAGCCGAACAGCCGAAGCGGACUUCGGUCUAUUCGGCAGACACUGGUCGGCUAAUUCCGCCACCUUCUCGGGCGAUGACUCGAGGCGCCUCGAGACAGAAACAUGAGCAACAUGAUCUCAUGUACCACAUCGCCGCCGAAGGCAGCAAUGAAUCAUUGAAAUUACCAAUAAUUGGAGUUCCAAGAGCUAGGAAGGGUCAUCAGGUCCUUGAAAUGCUUUGCCAAAUCCUCCAGACAGACUCCCUCAACGCAGUGCAAUCAUGGCUCGUAUCGGCCGGAGAAAGAGAAAAGGCACUGGUACUCGACAUGAUUAAAUCAGCAUUUAGUAGCGAGGCCGAUUACUUCCAGCGAACUGUCGCCGAAGCUUAUAACGACGCUCCUGCACCGCGUCCAUCAACCAACCUACCGGCAAAUAUGAACGUCACAAACGGUUAUGGCGACGUCGACGUUCCUUCACCGCCGCCGUUCGCCGGGAGAGACAUUCGUUACCAGGCUGUGGCUGAGGCAGCUGCUGGCCUCAAGACGCCAAAGAAGGUCGAGAAUAACCAAGAAACGACGAUAUUUGACGCUGAAGGAAGUUUACCAAAGUUGGAUUUAAAGAAGAAAAAUGAUUCGAAUGAUCACCCAGCCUUACGACAGAGAAGUCACAAACCAGAUGUCUUCAAAAUCGAGCACAAUUCACCCCGUCCUGCAACUAAAAAUGGAAAGCACCCAGCCAAGCUCCCGCCCCUUUCUCCCAAACAUGAGAAUGGACAAGAACAGAAUUGUGACUCUUGGAAACCAGAUGAUGCCGUCGUUUGAAGGUAAUGCCUCCAGACACUACUGUGUGUGUGAAUGUCACAAGUCCCAAAAAGGUACAAAUGUUUUUUUGUGUUGAUUUCAUCUCAACAGCAUGAUUAACAAAAUAAUACAUUAUGACAGAGGUACACUGUACUAUCUUUAGAAGUAAAAUUAAAGCAAAAACAAGUCUUAUUAGACAAUCAGCAAUAAAUCUUCUUUCUUCUUCAUAUAUUUGCAAAAUAUUUUCAUCUGAAAACACAGAUAAUUCAAGUUGAAAGUCAGAAAGGAGAGAGAAAAAAUAACACAAAAUCUUUGAAAAAUUACUUUUCAUAGUAAUGCUAUGAGGCUGACAUGUGUUUAAAGCAUUUGGUUAACUUGACUCAAUUUCCAUCUGAAUUAAGGUCAAAGUAAGAUUGACCUUUAUAUAUGGAUAGAUCAUACCACAGAUUUGACAUGAAACUAGAUUACAUAUACUGGGAUAUUUCAUAUUGUUACAUAUGGGUCCUGUCCUAAAAAGAGUUGUGAUUGAUCCAAUCAAGCUCAGCUAUGGAAAGCCAGCAAUGUCAUAAUUCUUUGCACUAAAACUUUUUCACAAUGUUCCUUUGAAAACAAAGAGGAGCACACUGAUUUGACAAGACAAAGAUUCAGGCAAACCUCGUGUCUUGAAAACACCAUGAAUAUCUAAAUGCAUUCUAGAUGUUGGGGUUGUUGGCUUUCCAUAGUUGAUUGGAUCAAUUGUAACUCUUUGUAAGACAGGGCCAUGGUGUAUUUUUUAACCAAUCAAGUAGUACAUGUAUGUUUCUUUGAUGCAAUAUAUAGUGUCGAUUUAGUUAGAUAAAGAUCAUGCAACUCUAUUUCAUGUUUAAACAAAUUGUCUCAGUGUCAAAAUAAUGUUUGGUUUGUAUAAGUUUUGUCAAUUUAUUGCAAUUUUAGACAACAUUUCUAUGUGUCAAUCACUCUCGUAUUUGCAGUGCUGCUUUGAUAGGGGGGGGGGAGCAUUUCAUGAACUGUUAUAAGCUACUGAAAUCCUUGCAUCUGAUUGGCUGAGAGCAAAUUUGCAGGUGAAAAAUCGCUGACAAGAUUCUUCAUGAAAUACCCCCAGAGUUAUAUUUGAUUUUAUUUUUUUUGCAGUUCAAUUCCAUCAUUUUGGUAUUUUCUAGAUGUUGUUCAGUCGUUCAGUAUUUCUGUAAACAGUAAAGAUUUCAAAAAGAAAGAAACAAUUCAUUUCAUAUAUUUGCUGCUGCUUAUGCUUAGCCACUUUGUUCAUUCUCUCUACAAAAAUAGGCAUUUUCAUUUUCAACAUGAUAAUUAUAGUUGAAAGUCAACCAUCAGAGCAAAAGUCUGAAAAAUAUGGACAUUCCAAUCUUUUAUAAACAUUCCAUAGUCCAUACAUUGUAUAUUUUAAGUCAAUUUAGAGACUUUAUACAAAAGACAAUACGCGAAUUGAAAAUUUCUUAAAACUUUAAAUUAUUCUUUACCCCCUAAAAUUAAAAUUCCUAAAGAGCACUGGUUGACAUAAAGGACUGAUAAAUUACGAAUACAUAUCCAAAUUACAAGCAUCAUUUAAAUUUCUAAAAUGUCAAUAUCAUUUUAUCUUGCUCAAGGAUUAUGCACCUUUAUCAUAAAGAAAGAAAUUAUCUGAUAAUAUUUGUUUGUAAAUACAAUAAACUCUAUGCAGUAUAUGCAAAAUAUGUUUUGUUGUAUAUAAUCAAACUCACUAUUAAUGAGAGAAGUUGUAAUAUACUACAGAUAUUGGUAUUUGAAACAAUAAUCAUGCAUAUUUGAUAUUGUGAUUUGAACCUACCACAAAUAAAAUAUUCUGCAGUUAAGAGAAGGGCAUUCGUGAAUAAUCGUGAUACAACAAUUCUUGUACACAAGCCCAUUCAUCCCAAUAGAGUGCGCUAGCUAACAAACAGGGCUUUCUUUUAAUGAAUAGAGCUGCUGUGGGAAUGUUUCAGGAUUUCUCAGGAAAAUGAAGGGGUACAUAAAUAGCGAUAAAUAAGCAGAGUGAUAAAAAUUAUUGCUCUGUAGUACAGGCACAAAUCCAGUCAGAUCACACAAAAUAGUUUUGAGAGGCCGACUAUUUUACAAAAACAAUAUGGCCCCUGAAAUGGUAUCGGGUCUAAUCCAACUGGAUCUGCACCUGCUCUACAAAUCAUGGACAAGAAAAAAGUUU